CUGAGCAGUGUUUCCACGCCUCUUGUGUUGACACGUCCCAGUGUUUCAGAAGACCCGUGUUGUGAAUGGGUUUGUCUUAAUGGCCUGUUUUCGCUUCACCUCAGCUUCUUCAAGUCCGAAUUUCCAUCUAUGACACCGAGGAUGCUGUUGGCUAAAGCAGAGCAGCUGUGAAUCCAUCAUAUCCAACCAAUGAACUUUUGCCACUUUUAGGAUCAGAAACGUCUUCAGACUCCUGUGAUUACAGGUGAAUUACUUUGUGUUAUACGUUGUUUUAUGAUAUGCAGUGGAGAAAAGUCUGCAGGUUUAAAGGGGAAGUCAUGGCAGCUGAUAUCUUACUAAUGAGACGACUCAUCAGUCUCAGACAAGUGUCAUAUCAAAGUCACAGCAGCUCUCUGUGGCUGAGUGUUCAGACGAGGACCAGCCCCACGCUCCAAGAAGGCCCUCCGAAAGAUCAUGAGAACAUCUGUAAAGACCGACAUGAUUCAAAGUUCAGAGCUGUUAUGGAAUCGCACCAUAAUUACUCUCUCUUUGGCAAAGGAUUGAGAGAUACUGAAUGUGCCAGGGCUCUUAAUGACCUGAAGGACAAUGCAGAGAGCAGCAGCAUGGUCAACAUUUAUAGUCGUGAAUGUUUGUGGAAGUCUAGAUACAAGCUACUUGGAGGGCGUUCUUCCUCACAAAUGCUGGUCCGUGGACAGACCUGUUUAUUCCAUCAAGAUCACUCGCACUGUAGCGAUGUGAAAACAGGUGACCCAGCCAAAGAUGACAGAAAAAGUGACCCCAAGAAACACAAGCAAAUGCUCAGUGAGAGUGCCAGGGAGCGCAAAGUACCAGUUACGAGAUUGGGACGCUUAGUUCAUUUUGGAGGCUUGGCAGUUGGGCUGGGCUUUGGAGCAAUUGCUGAAGUGGCAAAGAAGAGCCUUCGAUCUGAAGAUAAGAAAGGUAAUAAGAAGGCUAUCCUCGACUCCAAUCCUUUUGUUUCUGAGGCUAAUGCUGAAAGAAUUGUUCGGACUUUGUGCAAAGUGAGAGGAGCCGCUCUUAAACUUGGGCAAAUGCUCAGCAUCCAAGAUGAUGCCUUCAUCAAUCCUCAGCUUGCAAAGAUCUUUGACCGUGUUCGACAAAGUGCUGACUUCAUGCCCACCAAGCAAAUGAUGAAAGUGGUCAGCAAUGACCUGGGUCCAAACUGGCGAGAUGGACUGGAGUUCUUUGAGGAGAAGCCUUUUGCUGCUGCCUCCAUUGGUCAGGUGCACCUGGCUAGGUUGAAGGAUGGCAGGGAGGUGGCUAUGAAGAUCCAGUACCCUGGAGUGGCCAAAAGUAUCAAUAGUGAUGUCAGCAACUUGAUGACUGUCCUUAGUAUGAGCAAUGCAUUACCUGAAGGGUUGUUUCCAGAGCACCUGAUUGAGGUUAUGAGCAGGGAACUGGCUCUAGAAUGUGAUUACUUGAGGGAAGCUGAGUGUGCCAAAAAAUUCCAAGAGUUAAUGAAGGAUCACCCCUACUUCUAUGUGCCAAAUGUGGUAGAUGAACUUAGUAGCCGGCAUGUCCUCACCACAGAGCUGGUGUCUGGUUUCCCUCUGGACAAAGCUGAUGACCUCCCACAGAAUCUGAAGAAUGAAAUCUGUGAGCAGAUUUUGAUUCUUUGCUUGAGAGAGCUCUUUGAGUUUAGAUACAUGCAGACUGAUCCGAACUGGUCCAAUUUCUUUUACGACCCUCAAACGCACAAGAUUGCACUGUUGGAUUUUGGAGCCACAAGAGGUUUUGAUGCAAGCUUUACAGAUGUGUACAUUGAGAUCAUCAAGGCUGCAGCAGACAGAAAUAGAGAGGGGGUUUUACAACGAUCUAUUGAGAUGAAAUUUCUGACUGGUUAUGAGUCAAAGGCAAUGGUGAAUGCCCAUGUGGAUGCAAUAAUGAUUCUUGGGGAGGCUUUUGCCUCAGAAGAACCCUUCGACUUUGGCUCUCAGAGUACAACGGAGCGGAUCCACAGCCUCAUUCCUGUAAUGCUAAAACAGCGGCUCACUCCUCCCCCAGAAGAGACCUACAGCCUGCACCGUAAGAUGGGAGGCUCCUUCCUUAUCUGUUCCAGACUCAAAGCUAAGCUGCGCUGUAAGAACAUGUUUCAAGAGGCCUAUGCUAAAUACUGGAGAGAUAGUCACAGAAAAACUCCAGUGUGAAGAAUGGUGUGUGGAGUUGAUUCAGGAGUGAGUAGUAUGCAAAUCAAGAUGACAAGAGGGAGCAUUAAAUAAAUAAAAAGAUAAAUGUAAACAUUGAGAUGGCACUUUAUUCCAACAGUAAUAACCUCACAAACUGAUAGAGAGGUAGGUGUUGUGAAUAGAGUAGGUCUAUGUGAUUUUUACAGAUUAUACAGUCUGGAUCACACCAUACAUAAAAAUAUUGUGAUGUGCAGCUUGAGCCAGUUACUGUAUUCUAUUCUGUAUCUUAUAGGUUAAAGUACAAGAUUGCAAAGGUGCAGAGAUGUUACUAAAGUAGUUUGCUUUUGAUGCCGUGUCUCAUGUCCCUGUUAACGUUAGCCCAAUUUGUGGCAUGCAUGUUAUUUUGCCAUUUACUAUCUUAAAGCUG